GUCCUGUUUACAAGGGACUGUCAACGGAGGAUGUUGAGUGGUAGAGGAAAACAGACCGAGCAUAGACCUGAAAAUGAUUACUCCUGGAAUCUAUGUUUCCGAAUAGGGAUGUUACUCAAAUUGUAGUUUGAAUAAUACUUAGGCAGCGUCUGUACACACUAUGAUCUGUUUGCGAUGUGCUUGUGGUGAGUCAAGCUUAGGAUCGUUGGCUCAGUGAUUUACACAGUAGGUUGUUGGAAAAGGAGUACCUUCAAAAGUAAAGUAUGGAUCUAAAGUCCAGUUUUCAAGGUUUUGGUGUUUCUGUGGUGGACUCCAGGAGGAGGUGGGCAGCAGCAGCAGGUGAUCAUUAGCUUUUUCCUGGGGCGCAGAUGGGAUACAUCAGACUUCAGAUAGGGCCUGGCUGGGAGAGGGAGUGAGAAUGGACAACCUUUCCGACUUUGGGUCCCUAUGUCCGUCCAGCAGGAGGGAAUGGGACACCAGCAGCUGUGUGGACGAUUUGAUGGAUGAAGAUGAUAAAGACAGGGCAAAAAGGGCAUCUCGGAACAAAUCAGAAAAGAAAAGAAGAGACCAAUUCAAUGUGCUCAUCAAGGAGCUAUGCACCAUGCUGCAGGGCCAAGGCCAUCCACGCAAGAUGGACAAGUCUACCAUACUGCAGAGAACUAUCGACUUCCUGCAGAAACAGAAAGAAAUCACAGCACAGACAGAGUCAUGUGAGAUCCGGCAGGACUGGAAGCCUUCGUUCCUCAGUAAUGAGGAGUUCACCCAGUUGAUGCUGGAGGCUUUAGACGGUUUCCUCAUAGCACUAACUACAGAUGGAAACAUUAUAUAUGUGUCCGACAGUGUGUCUUCACUCAUUGGCCAUUUACCGUCAGAUAUGGUGGACCAAAAUAUCUUGAACUUCCUCCAUGAGCGUGAGCAUGGGGAGGUCUAUAAGCUGCUAUCAUCCCACAUGCUGAUGACUGACCCCAUCUCUGCUGACAUCCUGGACAGUAAGACACACAUUGAGUUCUGCUGUCAUUUAGCCAGAGGAAACAGCCACCCAAAAGAACCGCCUACAUAUGAGUAUGUUAAAUUUGUCGGAGAUUUGAAGUUUCAUAACAAUGUGCCUACAUCUUCUUGUAACGGGUUUGAUUUGACAUUACCAAGAACCCUGCCGUCAUCGUUGGAAGAGCAGGUCUGCCUUGUUGCCACUGUACGAUUAGUCACUCCGCAAUUUUUAAAGGAUUUGUGUAAUGUGGAAGGUCCCUGUGAUGAAUUCACAUCCAGACACAGCCUUGAAUGGAAGUUCCUGUUCUUAGAUCACAGAGCUUCACCAAUCAUUGGCUACUUGCCCUUUGAGGUUCUUGGGACUUCUGGCUACGAUUACUAUCAUGUGGAUGACUUGGAGCUUAUAGCGCGGUGUCAUAAGCAAUUAAUGCAGUUUGGGAAGGGUAAAUCCUGCUACUAUCGGUUUCUAAGCAAGGGUCAGCAGUGGAUCUGGCUCCAGACACACUACUACAUUACAUACCACCAGUGGAACUCCAAGCCAGAGUUCAUAGUGUGCACUCACACAGUCGUCAGUUAUGCGGAGGUGCGAGCGGAGAAGAGGAGAGAGUUUGGCUUGGAGGAGACGUCCCCUGACAUGGCCACUUCGUCAUCCAUGAAGGCUCAGGAGGUGUACCUGGACAUCUGUCCCAAUCUGGACCCCUCCGGACUGGACAGGAUGAGCGGGGCACGCUCAGUGUCCUCCCACAGCUCCCGGAAGUCCUCCCACACGGCCCUGUCCGACACGGCAUCAGCCAACUCAUCUUUGCGGUACACAGAUGCUUGCACACCAUCACGGCAGUCUGCAUCCAUCGCUGGGACAGAGAAGAAUUUGUCCAGACUCGCACCCAGUAGUGCAAAGUCGCAGCAACAACAACAGAAGCCACAGCAGCAGCAACAGUCCAUGUACCAGCAGCAGCCUCCUGAGCCUCAGCUAGGUGUCAUGCACCAGCUCAAGGAGCAGCUGGAGGAGAGGACACGCAUCCUGCAGAUGGACAUCAAGACUCAGCAACAGGAGCUGCAUGACAUCAAGGAGAAGCUGCAGCUGGCUAACCUCCAGAUGUUGUUACAGCAGCCGGUCCACAGUGACUUUGGACAGGUCCAACAGCAGCAGCAACAGGCUCAGCAUCAGGGUCCAGGGAGACCAGCCCAGCAGCAGCAGCAGGCCCAGUCUGGGGUGAUCAGGCAGGCUUCGAGCCACUCCAAACAGCCUCUUCAUGGAGCCCACGGCUCGUCCCCUCACUCUCUCCUCACAGAGCACAGCACACCCUCCCCUCAGGUGCAGCAGAGGUUGAUAAGGAGUGCAGGCGGGCAGAUGCAGGCAGUCAGUCUCCCGGUGCAGACCCAUGCCAACUUGACCAUGCCCUUCUACAGCAACCCCAUGAUGUUCUCUCAGCAGACAACCACACAGGCACUGCAGGACGUAAACCAAAGACACUCAGACUCGGAGUUUAGCCAAGAGAGACAGCUACGCAUGCUGCUCAACCAGCCAGUGCAGACACUCGUACCUGAUAGCCGUGUUAGCUCCCAGGCUUCCCAGUGCAACACAGCCAUCCAGCAAACCAAAUACACCCUGGAGCAGCAGAUGAUGACCCCGUCGUUUCCCAUGCAGCAGGUGAACUGCAACGCUGUCCUGGUCCCCUCUCCCGUCUUCACGUCCUCUAUCAUGAUCCCUCACAACAGCUUUAUCACGCACCAGGCCCAGCCCACCUACCACGCUCAGCAGCAGGCCUGCCAGCACUCUCUGCAGCUGCAGCAGCCCCAGCAGUUCUUUCAGAUGCAGCCCCAAGGACUCUUACACAGUGGAACCACUCAGGCUUUUUUCCACACUACUAAUGUCCCACAGCAAGGUACUGUCAGUUAUAUUCAACAACAACCGCAGCAACAACAACAACCGCAACAACAGCAGCAACAACAGCAGCAACAACAGCAGCAACAACAGCAGCAACAGCGGCAACACCACCAUUCCCAAAACCAGCCUGGCAGCCUUUCAGACUUCCGAAAUAUGCUCACUCAGUAGCACCGAAGACACAAACAGUGGUGAGAUAUUUUCUGAAACUUAUUGUUACAGGUUUGGUGGCAGAAUUCUAUGGGAUGCAUAGAAGACACAGAGAGGCAUAUUUGGUCCCAUGCUGUGCUGUGUUCUUCACUGUUUAAGAAGCCAUUGUGGCUUUUUUUACACAGCAAAAACAAAAGGUGAAAAUGCUAAUAUUCGCUGCAGCAACAUCUCUGUCCCACUCCACUGUGCUACUGGAGGACAUGCUUACUCGUCAUAUUUCAUCAUGACACUGCUGGAUGGAAAAAAAACGAUCAAAGUAAUCAACAGGAAAACGGUGCUGCUGUGUGUUUUCGUGCAGAUGUGUUUUCAACAAAAAGAGAGGUUGUUAGGUGAGCCUUGUUGUGCACUGACUGCACUGUGGUCAUACCAUCUGUCCUGUUGUUUCCAGAGAGUAAACACCUGCAGUGAGCAUUUACUCCUUCAAAGUUGCAUCUUCAUUUCACAUGAAAAACACUUGUCUGUAGGUUAUGGUUUUGCUGUGCAUACAUACAUACAUUUGUUUUGACAUAGGAAGACUAUUAGGAAACAGUAGUUUCAAGGAAACAUAAAGGAAGGGGUUCAUUUUGAUGUUGGACGUGUCGUCUUUUCAUCAAACAUUCAGUCAGCCACUCCCAGACAUAGUUGAUAUCAUUAUUAAACACUGAAGUAUAUUCACCACUCAACACUAUUAAUCCAUGUUUGGGGAAAAAAUAUUUUGCAUGACUGACACAGCAACAAAUGUCCUCAUACAAUUACUAUUAUUUUCAUUAUAGAAUCAAAUAUUUAGACAUGAUUUUUUCUAAAAGCGAACAAUAGUACCAAUUAGUUAUGGCAACAUUUGUAUUCAAUAAUUCAUAAAAAUCAAGCUUCAUAUUCUUUAUCCACACCUUAAUGGAAAGAGCAAACCUUAUUAGUAGACUACCAUAGCAUGUUUGUUUAUUUAUCAUACAUUUCUAAACAAAUUUAAGCUGUUCUACUGGGUGUGUUUUUAAUCAGGCAUUGAAAGAUAAGUCAAUAAGGUCUUAAUGCAUUAACAGCUACUAACAGCACAGUAACAGUAGUUUGUUGCCCAAAUCACCUAAGAACUCAUUGUUUUGUAUCAAGUGUAACAGAUGCUGCAAUGAUUAGGAAGACAUCACUAAUAUAUUGUAGUUGUCUUACAUUGAUUAUGUAUACUUUCAUAACGUAAUUCUUUUCUCAGGUUAUUUGUGGAAACAAAUAUUCUCAGUAUUACAUUAACAAUUUGUACUUUUCAUAAUUUGUUGGUUACAGUUUAAUUGUCUAUAUUUGGUAAUCUUUGCAAUUCAGCAGAAUGUUGUUGAUUUUUGGACUAUAGAGACUAUGUGUAUUUAUCCAUGAAUGAGUAAUUAUGUCCAUACACUGGUGAUUUUAGGAAUACUGUGUAUGAAGAAAAUACUAACCAGAGACAAAUGGCCUGCUAAUGUAAAUUACAAUCAAACUGACCACUUAAAAUAAUACUACGUAUUUCCUAUUUACUUUUUUUUCUUCAAGUUCCAUACGUUUUCCCCAAAUAACUACAACAGUAGGUAUCUGAUUUGAGUUGCCCUACCCCCAUUAGAUAUUGUAAUAUUUGAAUGGGAAAGUCCUACUGUGAAACACUUAUAUCCUGUCAAACAAUGAGAGAAAUGUAUGCCUCAAUUUCCCUUUACAUUCACUAGCCAUAACAAAAUGGAACAACAUAUUGGAAUUCUAAUCUAAACUAAAUGUGCCAUUUCACAUGAAGUGAAGGUUGAAAUGCAUUGUGGAGUGAUAAGAAUCUUAAAUUGUACAACGUUUAUGACAAUCCUACCAAUCUCUGCUGUGGACAUUGAGUCGCUAUCACUUCAUCGGUUAUAGUCACUCUCACGAAGACUGGUGCUGUUCAUCUUGGUUGAAGAGAUCAAACAAAGUUCUAGAAUUCUUAUAGUAUGUGUCGUUUUAAUUUAGAAUAAAUGAUUUAUGCUGUUGAAAUUAUGGUUCUAGGCAAGUAUGUACUCAUGUAAAAAAAAAAAAAAAAAGAUAUAGUUGUAUACUAUAAACUAAUGUACUAUGUGAAUUAAAUGGAAAUAUCUUUAACAUUCCUUCAACCAUGAAUAUCAGCAGUAUCUUUACUGAGGUACAGCUUGUAUCUGCUGAAGACUUUGUUAGAAUGGCUUAAUCUACACUAAAGACUCAGGUCAACUCUUCUCAGAGUGAUGCUGGCAUCAUGAAAGGGGGCCAUAUUAGAUUCAGUAAAAACUUGUUGGCCUCUUGCUGGGGUCAGCCCAACAUAAACAUUGUUUUAAGCGAUAUGACGAACACAUUGUUUCAACAUAGUUUUACUGUGUCAGUUUGUUAUUACUCUAAAGACACAACAGUGACUCUAUUCAAGACCUAGAUGCAGAUUCGUUUAGAAACGGUCCUGUUAACAUACUCAAUCCUUUUUAAAUCCUGUUUGUUGAUAGUCAGCUAAAUAUGUCACCCGGGUUGGCCUCCACUCAACCUUAUCAUUCAGCAAAUAACUGUUGUUGGUUCAAUGUGCGCAAUGCCCAAUCAUAUAGUAAACUGCCUUUUGAAGCUGGUUGAAGGAACAUGUAGUGUAUGUUUAAUUAUCAAGCUCAUAGAAUAAUAGUAAAACAUGUUCUCAAAAUUGUCCAGUGUGCUCUCUAGCUAACUGUAGUUUAUCCUCCAUCUUGUGUAAAGAAUUUGCUUUAGUUGCCCCUAUUUGCACCCACAGGCAGUUAUUCAAUUUCCAUUUUAACCCAGUCCCACAGAUGAUUUCCCACAGAGGUCAUACUGAUAGCCAUUGUGUGUUUGCUGUGUAUUGCUUCAGUUUAUACAAAAGUUCAUGUUUAUUGGUAUUUGUUUGUUAAUUGUGAUUGCUACACUAGAUCAAAUGAUACUGUUACUCUCUUUUGAUUCUGUUGAAUCUGUCUCCCCAGCAGUAGAAUACACACUUUGUGUUUUACCGUUUGACUGUAGUUUUAUGUUCAUUGAUUCUUCAUCAAGUGUCAUUCUUUUUGUGACCUUCAUUUUUACAUUUCUGACCUUUUAGAAGUGACUGCGCAUCCUUGCAGUAUAUGGGGUGGAGAGUCCAUGAAUGAAUACUGUAUAAAAUGUGCCAGGAAGAAGUAAGACACAAACAAAAAAAGAACCUGGUACUGUACAUAACAGCCAUUUCAUUGCAGAAAACGAAUUGAAAAUAUUGUAUUAUAGAGUGUACAAAAAAUGUUUAGAUUAUAUAGUUAUUUUAUAAGAUGUCAAAUAGAUUGAAUAUGUAUGUAUGUAUGUAUGUAUGUAUGUAUGUAUGUAUGUAUGUAUGUAUGUAUGUUACAUGAUUUUAAAGUAAAACAAACAGAAGUAUUUUGUAACACAUUAUUAAAGUGUCUUAUUGGGGAGCUGAGUUUUUUAUUUUCUUCAAUUCAGCAAGUUGGUGUUGCACAGUUGAUAAUAUUGUAUGGCUUGUUUUUCUCUCUGUAUAUACCAUCAAAAAUAAAAUUGUAACAUAUUAAUAUUGUUUUAAAAUAAAUUAAUAAAAAAAGUUUACAUUCUGAAA